AUUGCUCGUUCACAAAAACACGCGCGUCGUUCCGCACCGUCAGUAUUGACUAAUCGUUAAUAACAAUUAUUAUAAAUUGACUUGUUGUGAUUAAGUGUAAUUAUUGAUGCGUGGUGCCUAUAUAUAUUAUUAAAGACAUCGGUGAAAAUAAUUUUAAAAAAAAUGUUCGAAUUCUCCAAUUGCGUGUACGUUGGUUUACUGAUUCCAGCAAUAAUUGUACUAUUAUUUAAGCUACGAGUACGACUACAGAAAUCUCCGGCACAUCAGCAGAAGAUCUUAUCACGUAAUAAUUAUGUCGUCCCGUCCCUCACGACAAACUACUGGACUCAAUUGAAAUUUGUUUGGAGUUUUGCUUCAAAAAAACCUAAAGGUACUUUUAUCAAAAAAAAAAAAACCAUGAAUAAUAAAAAUGACAAUUACAGCGGUUUCUUAAUUUCUAAAGACAGCGGAUGCAUUCAUUACGAAAUCAUGCAAUAAUAAUAAAAUAUUUUUACAAGCAUCAGUAUAAUUUUGGGUAUAUUGUAGUAAAAUUAUGAACUUAAAGUUACAAAUAAUUGGCUAUAGUUAGUAUAAGUAGGUUGAAUUCAUGAAAAUCCUAAAAAAUUUUAAAAAAAAUCAUAAACAUAAACCUAUAUUUACCAGUGGAGAUUCCACCCACGUACGUUAUAAAUCAACCAAGUUAUGGCGAUUUUUUAGGGGGGAGUUUGCGUUGACAAUUUAAGACUGCUAAUCUACCGAAAUCAUGUUAAGUCUUAUCAUACCAUUAUAGAAUUUAUCCCCUCCCUCCCGUAAAUACACAACUGUACAACCUACUUUGUCUAAGGUACCUUUUUUCUUUAUAUUUUUCUGGAACUAGAAUGGAGUUUUAUUUUAUACGGAAAUUAUAGUUAUAAUAAUUCAUAUUUUUUUUACUAAUUUUAACAAUUUCCGAUACCAAAUUAUUCAAAUGAUUUUUUUUUUUUUUUAAAUUUAAAAUUUAGAUCUGUUGCCUUAUUAUAUGGAAUUAAUCAAAGCCAACGGCCCAGUAAUUCAUUUUUAUAUUACUGGACGAUCGUAUGUUCUGCUCAGCGAUCCUGAAGAUUUAAAAGUAAGUCGAUUUAUAUAGGUAUACUGUAUUAUACUGAAUUAAGAUUAUAAGUGAAGCGAGGAAUUUAUUAGUUUUACAAUAAUAUUUUUUUUUUUUUAUCUGUGAACAACUUUCCUAUCAGAAAUCUUGCUCUAAUUUAAAAGUACUACACUUUUACUGAAAGAAAAUUUAACGAGGUGAUACUUAGAGAAGUUAUAUUUUGAUUUUACCAGGAGUUUUUCCAAUAAAUGAGAAAACCAUGGAAAACCGGGAAAAACGGGAAAAUAGGUACAAUAAUUAACAAAUAUUUUUUUAAUAAAAUAAUAAAAUAAAAACGAAAUUAUAAAUAUGGUUAAUACUUGUAAAUAAAUAUAUAAAUAAAAAUAAAUAAAUUAAUGAAUGCGUUGCCUGGAGUAUUAUGAUAAGUGUAUUAAAUAAGAACAGUUUCGAAUUAAAAAUUCAUCAUCAGGUAUAUCACAGUCAAAAUGUAUAACACAACUGAAUAUUAAAAAAAUUAAUGAAGGAAUACAUAGAAAAACAAAUUAUGCAAAUUAGUCGUUUAACAGAGAAAUAAUUUAUUUUAAUAAGAGAUAAUUCAAAAUGAAUAUUUAAAAAAACAUAUAAUACAUAUGCAAUUAUUUUACCAUAAUAUGAUAUAUAUAUAUUAGCAUUAUAUAUAUAUUAUAUAUUGGCAAAGCAACACUAUCAACCGAAUUCCGCUCAGAAUUGAUUCAUUAGCAAUGGUUAAUCCUUGCAUACAGAUAUACAUUAAAUUUCCCCUCAACUACUUUUCCAACUUCUUACAUAUAACAGAGGCUGCACCUGUCCCCAUCAUCCUAGGACAACAUUUGUUAUUAAAAUUUUCGUUAGGUAUCAUAAUGUUCCUCGUCUUUACUAUACAAUAAUAACUCUAUUGUAUAGAGUAUAUAAUAUAGGGUACAGUUAAAAUUAUCUAGACACAAAAUAGAAAUUUGAUUAAAAUUUUUUAUGAUUCUAUUUAUUUUUUUUUUUUUUUUUACAAUAAUUGAUCGUUAUUUAUUCUGUAGUAUAUUAAAUAAACAAUUACCUAUAUAAUUAAGUGUAUAUCUAAAUUACACUAUUAACCAUCUUUCCGAUUAAACAUUAAUAGUCAGUCAAUGAUCCAUAGUAUGUUCAAGAUUAUUUUCUAUGCAUUUCAUGUUAUAGAUUCUACUGUCCAGUACAAGCCAUAUUAAAAAAGGUUGCGAAUAUGAUUUAUUGAAACCCUGGCUGUCUGAAGGUCUAUUGACAAGCUCAGGUAUAAAUAUAGCUCAGGUCAAAUAUUUAUAAACAUAAUAAUUAUGUUAAUUUAUAGGGUCGAAAUGGCAAAAUCGUCGAAAGUUGCUCACCAAGGCGUUCCAUCUGAAAUCGUUAGACCUAUAUAACUCACCGAUAAACAAACAUUCAAGGUUAUUGGUAAACAAUCUACUGAGAGCGUCUGGAAAUAAUAAUAAUGGAAUAUCUAUUGAGGAAUUUGUGACAUUUUGUUCAUUGGACAUGAUUUGUGGUAUUCAAUUUUAAAUUUUCGUUAUAAUUACAUAUAUUAUUAUGAACGUAACUGUAAAUAUGGAGCACAAUAAUUCAUAGACAUAGACUCCUAGGUUUAUUUUUGGGGUAAACAAUAGCAAAUAUAUUUACGGCUAUAUAUUUAUAUACUGUGGCAUGUUUUGGGAGAGGUGUCCACCAUGUCAAUGACUCUCCGGUCAAUGACCCAAUGUAUUAGUAUUACCAUUACUCAUUCCUAUUUAUUAGCCAGGAGAAUUUUUUUUUUUUUCAUUUUCCAAGCAAUAAUAUCUAUUAAAAACCAGGAUAACACAUAAUAAAAAUGGGAAAUUUGCGAAAAUAAAAGUUUUAUUAUUUGUUAUAAAUCAUGUAAAAAUAUUCUUAGAUAUUUGGAAUUUCGAUGAAAAACUUAUAUUGGCCUUUUUUUAAAUAUAGUAAAAUUGUCAAGCCAUUAUUGAGCUAUUUAUAGACAUUUUAAUUUUGCGUGUUUUGUAUGUAAUUUUUAUUCGGUAGACACUCUAGAUGUAGUAAAAUUGUUAGACUUGAUAGAAAUUAUUGAAAAUUUUACUGGAGGUUUAUUAAAAGUCGUACUUUGUGGUCGAAAGAAAAUAGUUGAAAUUAAUGUAGUAUUCUUUUUAUGAAGGAAUUUCAAUAUCAAAUUUUAAUGAAAACCGUAAAUAUUACAGCCUUUUAAACAUGUAUUAUAUAACUCCGCUCUGAAUUGUUUUUCAUUAACAAAGAUUAUGUGGAAUAAAUCUAAUUUUUCAAAUUUUAAAUUCCAAGCGUAGUGAAAGAGCUAUUGGUUUUACAAUGCUGUUUAUUUAUUUUUCUUUGUUCUGGACUGCGGACACGUUUUUACUUAGUAAACUUGCCUCGAUAUUUAAGUGUGGUAAUUUUUCUGAAAGCUCAAGUUGUGUACUUUGAAGAAGUCGUGUUUUAGAUUUUCGAAUAAAAGUACGAAAAAACGUACAACUUCACGAUUUUAUUAUUUUAUAAAACAUGGACAAUGUUGAAAUUUUUGUUUUGUGUAAAUAUUUAGCAUAUAUAAUUGGCAUGAAUUUGAAUACUUAUCACCGCGAUUUCCAUGCAUUCAGUUGCAAAAUUAAAAUUUCUAUAAUCAACUCAAAAAUGUAUUAAAUGUUUUGAAAACUGUACCACGUCUAGAAAAAGCAAAAAUAAGUUUUAUGUCAAAAUUUUAAGUCUCUAUGAAUACUUUAAACUUCAAAAAACAAAAUUUAAAAUAUUUAUUAAAAUUAAAAGAAUUGUUCUCUUAUAUUUUCCAGUACAUUCUGCAUUUUUUGGGGGGAUUUACUCAGUUAUUAAAAAAAAAAAAAAAAACUAUAAAGAAAAUCAAAAAAAGAAUUAUUUAUUCAAAUACCAGGUUUAAAAUGCAACAAAAAAGCUCACGUGUCGUUUAUCUCGUUGAGCAAUAGUUAUGAUAGAAAACAUAAGCUAUACAAAUUUAAAAUAAAAAAAUCGUUGUGCCGUAAUUCGAAAAAAAUUAUAUAUUUAAUCUUUUUUAGCUUUUCCUAAUUAUUAUGAAAAAUACUUUAGAUAUCAAAAAAAUAUUUGUGUCAGUGAUCUCUCAUAAUUUUUCAAUUGUAGUAUUAUUUUUGAUAGAAAACAUAAGUUGAAUAUAUUAAAAUAAUUAAACCGGGACGCUACGUUGCUGUAAAUAUUAAUCAAUUUUAAUUUUUUGGUUUUGCCAAUUAUUUAAAAUACUACUUUGGAUAUCGAAAAACGACUGACUUUAAGAGUAGCAAAAUAUUAAUAAAAACAAAAUUCAUUUCUUAUUAUUUUUCGAUUAAAGUAUUAUUUCUGGUAAAAAUCAUAAUGUUAAUAUACUAAAAAUAAUGAAAACGGUAACAUCUCUGCGCUCUGUAAAUAUUUGCCGUUUUACUUAUAAUAUCCUUUUGGUUUUUCCCAAUUAUUUCUAAAACCUUGGAGAACUCGCACCAACUAGAGACGAUAACCUUUUAAAGAAGGUUAUAUAUUUUAUACUUCGGAGGAAGUUUUCUGGUAGAGUGUUGUUUAUAGACAAAAAAAAAUUAAAAAAUCAUAAUACUCUUUAAAAAUAUAAAAUUAAUUUUUUAUCCUUUAGAAAAAAAUCAAAAUACAUUAUAUUAAAUUAACUAUGAAGUAUGUAAAAAUAAGAAAAAAUCUAAAAGUGCAAAUAAAAAAUAUCUAAAAAUGUAAAAUAAAAGUUUCAUUUUUGAAAUCUUUGAUAUAUGAAACGAAUUUUGUGUUUGGAAAGCAUUAUUUUGGGAAAUUUAGAAAAAAAAUCCAAUUUGCAUUGAAAUCCAUACCCUAUUAAUGGCCUUCAAUUUUUCUACUAUACAAUAUAUCAGAGUUACAAACGUAAAAUUUAUUGUUAAGUACUGACAUAGUAAUUUAUUUGAAAAGAAGCAAGUUCAAUGUCUUUUUUUUCAGUAAAUAAUUUGAAAAAUAGGUUUUGUAAGGUUCAUAAAAUGUUAGACAUCUCCAAAAAUUACCUAAAAUAAGCCACUGUGCAUGUUAUACUACAAGUAUUAAUUAAUUAAUUAAUAAUUGACUAUAAUAUUUAUAUAUUUACACAAUUUAACGACCCAAAAGUAUAUAUGUAUAUAUUUUAUUUUUCUCUAAGAAACGAUUAUGGGUACUGAAAUGAAAGCCCAAGAAGGUGAAUCAGAAGAAUACGUUCAUAGUAUUAAACAGUAAGUUUAAAAAUAUGAUUUUUAGAUUUUAAAAUUAUAAUACUUUAUUAAUUUAACCUGGAAAAAUAAAAAUAAAAUAUGUAUUAAAAACAAAUAUAUAUAAGUAAAUACUAAUUUAUAAGUGUUAAUAAAUGUGAAUUUAUUUCUUUUAAGUGCAUGCAGAUCAGUGAUUGACAGAAUAUUUAAAUUUUGGCUAUGGAAUGAUCUAAUGUUUAAAAUAAGCGGAUGUGGUCGAAGAUUUUUUAAAUCUAUCAGAGUGCUACAUAAUUACACCGAUAAUGUUCGUAUAUGCCAACUCAAAAUGUUAUAUUUAUAUUAUUAUUUAUCGAUUGUACUAAUUUCCAGGAAAAAUAAAAUAAUAACCAAACAUGUUUUUUAAUUAUUCAGGUCAUUAAAAAUAAGCGAACGUUAUUAUAUAACUCAAAAAAUCAAAAUGUUCAACACGAAAGUGUAAACGGUACAGGAAAAUUUAAUUCUUAAUUAAGUACUGAUUAGUCAUUAUUAUUAAAAUAUUCUUCUUUUAGAAAAGACCCCAAAAAAAUCUUUCUUAGAUUUACUUUUAGACGUUUUGGAAGAAAACCCGGAUCAGAUGACGAACAAAGAUAUUCGAGAAGAAGUAGAUACAUUUCUUUUCGAAGGACACGACACUUCGUCCAUAUCGAUGACGAUGACAAUAAUAUUGCUAGGCUUGCAUCAAAAUGUUCAAGUAAAAAUCAAAAAGUUAAAAUUUACAAAUUGUUUUUCAAGCAACAUAAAUUUUAGAACAAAGCGAGAGAUGAGCUUUUUGAGAUUUUUGGAGACUCGGAUAGAGAUGUAACAAUCGAAGACUUGACUGCCAUGAAAUACUUGGACGCAGUGAUAAAAGAAUCUCUUCGAUUAUAUCCAAGUGUACCGGCCAUUUCGAGAGAAUUACAAACAACAUUAGAGCUCAGUAAGUUUGUAUGCAAACGUAUUAUUUAUAACGUAUAGCUCAUGAAGUUUGAGAUGUUGAUUUAUUAACCAGUAGUCUUUUUAGGAUUAUCUUGAGUGGGAGAGAACAUUUAAUUAAAUUUAUUGGUAAGUAGAAGAGACCGGGGCUGAUUAUCACACAGGUUGGUUGUCACAAAGCUCAGUGCGCCAGCGCUGUUAUUACUUAGCGAUCGUGAUAAAACUAGUCAUUGUUUAUAUCUAGACGAAUGUAUAUUAUUAGUUGCGGUGUCUUGUUGUAAUUUUUUGUACAAAAAAAAUUCUGGAAUGUUAUAAGGUAUAUUAAAUAUCGUGUGAAAUAAUAUAUUUAAAAAUGAUUAUACCUACAUUUAUGUUCCAAAUCCACAAUAAAUAUUUAUUAUAGUUUAUUGAUCAAUAUCUAGGUAUUUUAUAUUGAAAUUUUUGACAUUUUAUGAUAUUAACCAGUUAACUAUUACGUCUAUUACAGCUUUUAUUGAUGUUAACCUAUUUUUAGAGAACUGUAUUAUUCCUCCAAAAACGACGAUUUCGGUAAUACCUUACAUUAUACAUCGAAACGAGAACUUGUAUCCAAAUCCAGAAGAAUUUAUUCCCGAUAGGUUCUUGGAUGAAGAAAAUAAGAAUAAAUUCCUGUUCGGAUAUUUACCAUUUAGCGCCGGUCCAAGAAACUGCAUUGGUAAAAUUAAAAUACUUUUUUUAUUUAACUAUAAUAUUAUAAAUUUUGAGCGGAGUGAGGAAUGUAUUGGUUUUACAAUAAUGUUUAUUUUAUUACUUUUUUGUAUUGUGUAUCAAUGAAUGGGAAACAACAAAUGAAGAAAAAUGGGAAAAUAUAUUUUAUGCCAUUUCAUGACUUCAUUUUUUUUUUAAAAAAAUUAAAAAAUUACGACAUUUCAAACCAUAAUUAACUGAAUUUCACUCUGAAUCACAUUUCUUUAGCAAUCAUAGUUAAUCAAUAGUUACAGUCUAUAGAUUGAUAUUAAAUAACUUUAUGUAUCUUCUUUUCCUAAAACCUUUUUUAAACAGUGUCACGCCUUUCAGCCGUAUCAGCCUUUUAUUUUAAUAUUAUUUCUAGAUAAAAAUAAUAUUAACAUUUAGCAAUUAAUUAUAAUGAUAAAUUAUUAAUGAUAAAUGUGUCUACUAAUUUAUGAUCAAACAUGUUUCUAGGACAAAAAUACGCAAUGAACCAAAUGAAAACGGUCAUAUCGACUAUUUUACGAAAAUCAAAAAUCGAAACGCUUGGGCGGAGAGAAGACGUUCAAAUCCGUAUGGAAUUAAUCCUUAGACUAGACUCAUCUACAAAAGUUAAAUUUCACGAGAUUUAAAAUUGUUUUAUAAUUAUUAUUAUAAAUAGUCACCGGUUAGAUAUAAUACUCUGAUUUAUGUUACAUAACCAAUGUACAAAAUAUUAUAUAGAUAGACU